AUGGCUGAAUCAGAUUCUUUCCUGCACCUCGCCCGUCCUCUGGGCCCUGUCCCGGCGGGGUCUGCUCCGACCACUGCACCCUUGAACGUUGUCAUUCAGCCUCAGGCCCUCUUCUCGAUUCUCGACCACUCUCUCCGCCGCAAUGCUGAUCAGGAACGUGUCAUUGGAACGCUUUUGGGAACUCGGUCUGAGGAUGGUACCGAGGUGGAAAUUCGCAGCACAUUUGCUGUUGGACACACAGAGACGACAGACCAGGUUGAGGUGGACAUGGAAUAUCAGAAGCAGAUGCUCGCCCUGCACCUCAAGGCCAACCCCAAGGAGGUUCUUGUCGGUUGGUACGCCACCUCGUCCGAGCUCAACACCUUCUCCGCCUUGAUCCAAAAUUUCUACAGCGGUCAGGGCGACGGCACAUGGCCUCACCCGGCUGUGCACUUGACCGUCUCUACCGAAGCUGGAAAGGAUAUCGAGACCCGCGCCUACAUCUCUGCCCCCGUUGGCGUGACCGCCGAAAGAGCCGCCGACAGCGCCGCCUUCAUCCCCGUUCCCCACGAGAUCCGAUACGGCGAGGCCGAGAAGAGCGGUUUGGAGGCCAUUGCUGCUGCCCGGGACUCAGAGGAGCGCGCUGCCACUCUCUUCACCGACAUUGAGGCUCUGGAGCGUGCGGUCGAGGAGGUUCUUGGCAUGAUUGACCGUGUUUCCCGAUACGUCGAGUCCGUCAUGGACGAGGAGGCCCCUGCUUCCGCCGCACUGGGCCAGUUCCUGCUCAAUGCUCUCGCCUUGGCUCCCAAGGUCGAGCCUGCUGAUAUUGAGCGUGACUUCAACAACCACAUCCAGGACGUCCUUGUGGUCUCAUACCUGGCCAACACCAUUCGCACACAGAUGGAGCUGUCCAACAGACUAGCAACCGCCCAACUGACCCUAGGCGGCGAGUCCGGCACCGCAGAGUCCGGCAACCAGCAGCGCGGACAGCGAGGCAAGGGCGGCCGUGGCGGACAUCAGCGCACUCAAGAGCGGAGUGCUGAGGAGGCUCGUGCGUAG